UGAGAAAUACGAAAAGUGUCUUAUAAAUGUACUAUUAUUCAUAAUCUAUACUUAUACGAAACCUCUGAAGAAUGCGCGAACGUAGACGUUACCUUUUGCAACAUUAUGGGCCUGCUUGCGACCCGCGAACUUACGCAGUAUCCACGCACGUUUCAAGUACCGUUGGCAGCAGUUCGUGUUUUAGUUCAUGUAAAGAAGGUGAUGCAGCAGAGCGCGCCACUGUAAUGGUUCCCACCACGUUAUAUGGGGGUUAUAGGGCCCUGCUGCUCUUGUGGGUCUAAAUGCAUAUAUCAGUGUUUGUUGAGUUAAUGAUUUAACUUGAUCCAGGGCUUAGUUUCGGGAUUAUGUAUGAUAAAAGUUAUUUCCUAAGCAAUAAUAUUUGAAGUUUCGAAUGAACGAAUUAAUCGUAUAAUUGUGGUUUGGGUGUAAGCAAAUAAUGUUUUUUAUGCAUUCUUGUUUGGUAGGUUAUGUGAGGAUCUAUUAAGUGUUUUAAUCGCGUGUAUGGUUCUGUAUCCGAAUGCUAAAAAAAACGAACACAUUGGUAAAUAAUUUUAUAGACAUCGUGAAUUAAAUUGAUUGCUACUGCAAAAUGAUUGUGUACUUGCAGAGAUUGGGAACUUACCAUUUGCAUAAAUUUGUGAGAUAUAGUCAUUCGCAGAGCACUGUGAUUGAAGAUGAAAUCUCUCGUUUUAAUAGAUUGUCAAUGGUGUGGUGGGAUGAGCAAGGUGAUAUGAAACCUCUUCAUUCAAUGAACGGGUUAAGAGUCAAGAUGAUUUCUGGUGGAUUGGUAAACUCUGGAAGAAUAAAAGAGGAGGAGCUGAAACAACCAAAGCCAUUGACAAAUAUUAAGCUCCUGGACGUGGGCUGUGGUGGAGGUAUUUUAUCAGAGGCUCUUGCUCGACUUGGAGCUGAGGUUACUGGAUUAGAUGCCAGUGAAGCGCUUAUCACCACAGCAAAGCAUCAUGCUUCUCAAGAUCCUCAUAUAAGGAAUGAAAUUAAUUAUGUAUGCAAUACAAUUGAGAAAUACAGUGAAGAAAAACCAAAAGCAUAUGAUGUAGUAGUAGCAUCUGAAGUAGUGGAACAUAUAUCAGAAAAAAAACUUUUUCUUGAAUCCUGUGUACAGACACUGAAGCCUGGUGGAUCUCUUUUUGUUACGACGUUAAACAAGACAUAUGCAUCGCACUUGGCUGGAAUUGUUCUGGCGGAAAUCAUUUGGAAAAUCCUUCCCCAAAACACUCAUGAUUGGGAGAAAUUCAUCACACCACAAGAAUUGGAAUCAAUAUUGGAAUCCAGCAAAGGCAUGAUAUCAAGCAGGAAGAGUUGAACUCAGGCUCCAGGGUGGCUGCAAAACAGUUUUAGUCAGUGGAUUGUUUUACAACAUCUUUACCAACAAAUGGCGUUGGACUCAAAAUACCAGUAUUAGCUAUGCGCUUCAUGCAAUAAAAAGAUAGUACAAUAAAUAUUUUUUUAAAUUUAUUGUUUUCCUAUUCAUUUGUUCAAGCAGGACAGGUAAUUCAAAUGGUAACCAGACUCUGUUUGUUUGUUAGCAUAAAAAGUUAUUAAAAAUGUGUGUGACAUACUGUGGAAAAAAGUACUGUUAUGUGGAACAUCUUGUUGCUAAAAGUAAAUAGUGUUUGAGCAAUUUCCUUUCUGAAUUAAUAUUAUUUUAUUAAUAAGUAAUUUUUCUUCUCAGAAUUCUUGACUUUUUCUCUAAAUUUAUAUCAGGUGUUUGCAGUAGUAAAGAGAUGUUAGUUUAGGAGCCAAGGAGAAACUUAGGGUUGUUAUAUUUUCUCAUUAAAUGUAUGAACUAACCAUGUUUUUCAAUCAAAAGUCUACUUAAUUUAUUCCAAACCUUGGA